CUAGUUUUCGGUAACACAGAAGCAAUGGCUGUUUCGCAAGCCUUUCCUGACUCUCCUGUGGCUUCUUAGCUACCAUUUAGAGCGGAUGUGAUGUCAGAUAAGCGUCAGCGUGCAAGAGUCCAGGGUUCCUGGGCCAGACAGCUGCCCAAACCCUCCAGUCAAACAGUGGGCAUCCUAAACAAUCAGCCCACAAAUGCCAACACAGCCUCUGGAACGUGGAGAUUUGGAAACCAAAAACCAUCUAAAGCAUUUGAAUUUCACCAGCCAACCAAGCCAGUAAGAGAAAUCCCACCAGAGAGGGUGAUAGAACAUUUGGGUGAUUAUGAAAUAAGUUCUGGGCCGUCUGGUGUGUCUCGGCUGCGGCUGAGGCCUGGCUUUCUCACAGCAGAAGAAGCUGACUGGAUGUUCAGUAAGCUGCUGGCUGAGCUGCCCUGGUCCCAGAAGACUAACUACAGGCUGGGUGAGGCAUAUGAAGAGCCAAGGCUGACCUGCUGGUACGGAGAGCUGCCGUAUACCUACGCCCGUUCCACCAUGGCCGCCAACCCACAGUGGCACCCGUUGCUGGUUUCCCUCAGGGAGGCAGUGCAGCAGGCCAGCGGAUGCACCUUUAACUCCCUGCUGUGCAACUUGUACCGAGACGGACACGACGGCAUCGGCUGGCACAGCGACGACGAGGCCUCCCUGGGUCCCAAACCUACCAUUGCGUCUCUCAGUCUGGGUGACACCAGAGUUUUUAGCCUUCGCAAGCAGCCCCCAGCGGAGGAAAAUGGGGACUACACCUAUGUGGAGCGGAUUCGGGUUCCUCUGAGCCACGGGACUCUUCUGCUGAUGGAGGGAGCGACGCAGGAUGACUGGCAGCAUCAAGUGGCAAAGGAGUACCAUGACCGAGGCCCACGCAUCAACUUGACCUUCAGGACUAUCCACCCAGAGCCGGAGGGCCACAGAGCAGGCACAAAGAUGAGAUUUGCUGCAAAGCCGCUGUAGAUUCCCCUCAAAGAGACUCUAAGCUCCUAAAGGGGCGUUUCACCACUGGGAUGAAUAGAUGUAUGUUUUUGAAGAAGGAAUUCUAAAGCCCUAAUUGGUCUGUCUGAGAGGAGAAUAAUACAUCAGAUGUUUUCAGUACCAGAGGUUCCACUGACUGGUGGUGCGUUCAUUGAAGCCUUUUGUUUCUGGUUACUUUCCUUUCUGUUU